AUGAAUUUAUACUCAUCAUCAUCUUGCGAUGCAUUCCGACAAUUCAAAACCUUAGCAAGGCAUAUAAACAAAGGAAAUGUUAUUGAAUACAAGGAUCGAUACUUUUUAGUAACAAAAAUAGACUCUCAUUGGGCAGGCAGGGGCGCGACAACGACUAAGUUCGAAUUAAAAGAUGUAUUAACGGGUCAAAGAUUGAUGGAAAGAAUCAAGCCAAAUGAUUCGUUUGAAGUGGUAACUCUCAAAGAAAAACCUUAUACUUAUUUAUACUCUAAUGAUGAGAUAUCCCAUUUUGUUAAUACAGAAACGUUAGAUGAACUCGAAUUGGAAUCAGAUAAAAUUGAAGGAGGUGAUAAAUCAUUUCUACUAUUGGAAGAUAAUAUGAAGGUGACUAUUUCCUUUUUAGAGACUGAUAAUGAGAGUCGUGCAAUCUCUUUUCGCCUUCCACAAAUGUAUCCAUACGAAGUUGUAUCUAUAACGCCUAUGGUUGGGCAUUCUUCAAAAGGUCCUGCUCAAAAAAUUGUUAAAAUAAAAGGUGAAAUCCAAAUUCAA